AUGAAGCUAACACGGGAGUGCCACCUCUCCGACAUUACGGUCCACGGCUACUCACCCGAGGACGCCCGGAGAGCUCUGACGAUCUGCCACGAGAUGAGGACGUUGGAAGCGGCGGGGGUCGGAGGUGUGGCCGCGGCGCAGGAGCUGACCAGACGCGUGCUGUGCGGGACGGGGGCGGUGGUUGGAGGGGGGGGGGGUGUCGCUGGGAUGGGAGAGCUUGGAGCUCGCUCUUUGCUGUACACUUUUUUCUCGCCUUCCGCAUGA